AUGAGUUCAGUGAGGGUAGCUGUGCGAGCCAGGCCCUUCUCAGAGCGGGAACUGGCUUCCAGCAGCCACUUCUGUCUAGAGAUGAAAGGCAAGAAGACAAUUCUCUACAACUGCGGAGAGGUGCACACUGGCAGGGGCAGUGCAAAGGAGUUUCAUUUCGAUCACUCAUACUGGUCUGUGGGCAAAGACAACGCUCACUGUGUAGGUCAAGAGCAGGUGUAUUCUGACCUUGGAGGUCCAGUGAUCAAGGCAGCAUUUGCUGGCUAUAACAGCUGUGUGUUUGCCUAUGGUCAGACAGGUUCUGGCAAGACCUACACCAUGACAGGCUCUGCCACAGAACCUGGACUGAUACCUCGCAUCUGCAAGGAGCUUUUUAGUCAAAUUGAGGGGAGUGGCUCAGGAGGAGACUCUGCCGUGUCCUAUAGGACAGAACUGAGCUACCUAGAGAUCUACAAUGAGAAGGUGAGGGAUCUACUGGCUGGGGGUAAGGCAGGACCGGCACUACGAAUUAGAGAGCACCCGAGGGAGGGACCAUAUGUUGAGGGUCUGAGUCAGCAUGCAGUGCACGACUACACAGGAGUAGCAUGUCUGCUGACAGCUGGCAACUCCCUGAGAGCCACAGCCUCGACCAAGAUGAACGACAGCAGCAGUCGCUCCCAUGCAAUCUUCACUCUGACCAUGACACAGGCUGUGCUGGAGUGUGGAGUACCCAGUGAAACAAGGUCCAAACUGCAUCUAGUGGAUCUAGCUGGCAGUGAGCGAGCAAGUGCCACAGGGGCAGAGGGAGUGAGGCUCAAAGAAGGCAGCUCCAUUAACAAGUCUCUUGUCUGCCUUGGAACAGUCAUUUCUGCACUAGCAGACAAGGCUGCUCACCAUGGCAAGAAGACCCUAUACGUCCCAUACCGAGACUCUGUUCUGACAUAUCUCCUGAAAGACAGUCUGGGAGGAAACGCCAAGACAAUCAUGAUAGCAACUGUGUCCCCAGCUUACAGCAGCUAUGGUGAGACUCUGAGCACACUUAGGUAUGCCAGCAGAGCUCGAGCCAUCAUCAACAAGCCAGUGGUCAACGAGGACUCAAGUGUGAAGGUCAUCAGAGAGCUGAAGUCAGAGGUAGAGAGACUGAAGGCCAUCAUCACCACACAGCACCUGAGUAUGGAGGUGGUAGCAGGAGAGAACAUGUCCAAGACAACUGGCUCUCUUGUGGCUGAUAUCCACAAGAAGGAGGAGAAGGUUGCUGAGCUGACCAAAGAGUGGGCCAGUAAAUGGAAGGACAUUCAGCAGAUCAUGAAGGUAGUUUACUCUGAGCCAUUUUGUGUGUAUGAUCAAAAGGCCCAUGAUUUGGCUUUACACUGUAAUGGAGCCAAGCUGGUGGUCCAUUCUGACCAUCCUCAUCUUGUGGGCGUUGACCCUGACAUCCUUAGCACUGGCCUCGUCUUCCUCUACCUCAAGGGAGAAUGUACUAUUAUGGGCUCACAGUCCGCCAAACCCCCUCCUGACAUUGCUGUGCCAGGGGCAGACAUUGCUGACCUCCACUGUCGACUUGUGGUGCAGAGAGGGAAAGUUGUCCUCCAUCCCCUUAAUGGAGAGUGUUUCAUUAACCGUGUCCUGGUCACCACCCCAGGUCGCCUGCGUCAAGGGGAUUUGCUCCAGUUAGGAAGCUCAGCUGUGUUCAGAUUCAACCACCCACAAGAGGCAAAGAGGCUGCGAAAAAGACAUAGUGAGGGUUUACUGGGCGCUAACAGACUGGCCCGACACAGGCGAGCUAGGACCAGGAGCACACCUCACACUCUCUCCUCUCCCCCUCCUUCACCAACCACUGCAUCUCCUGCUACGAGUGUGGUGGAGCUUCAUUCGGAGGCUGUGUUGAGAGCCUGUGACCCCACCAGUCCACCCGCAACUUCCCUCACCUUCUCCCAAGUGCAGAGGAGCCAGAAGUCUCACCUCGCUCUUCCUCUUGAGCUGGGCAGGAGUUUUGAGGAAUGGAAUUCACUCUCUCUUGCAAAGAUUGCGAUGAGUCCUCUCACCAUCUUGAGAACGUUGGUGACUCCUUACUCAGAUACACUACCUCAACAUCAUCACUCUGACGAGAACAUAGAGCCAGGCAGAGUGUCCUCUCCACCUUCCUGCUGGUGGAGACGGCUCCUCUGUGCCGUCCUGCUACUGUGCAAUGCUCCUUGGCUACUGGGUGUGUUUGGAACACUCACUGUGCCUGCCGUCAGCAUGCUAGCUAUGUUGGUCAGCUCCAUCAAGUUGUGUGCAGUUCUUCAGAAGUGUUGGCUAUCUCGUUGGCUGGCAACUGUUCUGGCCCUACUGACUACAGCACUAGUGACACCAGUGGUGGGGCUCUGCAGCAUCACCGUUGGAGCUGGCCUUUCUUCCCUGUCUGCCCUCCACCUCAUCCCUCCUAUACCCCAACAAAGGACUAGAAAACCAGUUUAAUUUGUGGUUAA